GAUUGGAGGAACUCGAGGCGUCCCGUCAGUCCAGAGUGCGCCUAUCAAGAUAUUUCCUUCGCCCGGCCCGGGUGGUGCGUAGUAAAAUGGCCGCCCGACUCGGGUGAGUGAGUGACGUUUCUCGCAUCGCAAGGUGUUUGCGUCCGCGAUCGCGCCGCGCAGUCUUCGCGCAUGAAUAUACGCGCGUGCGAACGUUCCUGGUGCCCGGCCGUCGCAGCGUGUCACGCAUCCGUGUCUGCCUCGCCGGCCUCACCCGCGCGGCCGCACGGCCGCAGCUGAGUGCGGCCGCGUUCCGCGUUCCGCCCGCACGGCUCGUCUCGCCGCAAACGCAUUUACCUAGAGGGGCAAUAUUUCCAGAAGAUGGAUACUUGGUGCAAAGCAUAGGUUGAUAAAGCCUACUGUGUGGUAGCUGCCAUGCCAACGUACCACAAUGCGGGUGGCGGAUACCCGAAUGUGUCAGCGCCAGCGCGGCAAGCGAAGCUCGACGGCAAUCAAAAUCAUCACACUAUCCCUUCAAACGUAACGUCUCAUCCCUUCAUACAAAACAACACUCAGCAGCAGCAGCAGCAGCACAGCGCUCCUUCCAACCUGACUGCAGGUAGCAUUCCGUCCCAUCCAGUGUCGCCGACGAUGACCACGCAUUCGAAUGUUACCACCUCGAACAUCACGACGCACGUGAACACCACGUCCUCGCCGGUGAUUCUCACCUCGAAUGCCAUUAAUCCGGGCGCCAACACUACCGCAUUGCCGGCCAAUCCACGACACGAAGUGAAACUAAACGCGAUGCCAUGGUUUCACGGAAAGAUAUCGAGGGAAACGGCAGAAAGAUUGUUGCGACCACGAGAGGAUGGUUUAUUUCUAGUUCGAGAGUCGACGAAUUUCCCCGGGGAUUACACGCUCUGCGUAUGUUAUCAAGGGCGUGUACAGCAUUACAGGGUGAAAUAUAAAAACAACCAGUUAACGAUCGAUGACGAGGAAUUUUUCGAGAACCUGGCGCUCUUGGUCGAGCAUUACGAGCAGGACGCGGAUGGUUUGUGCACGCAGCUAACGAAAUCUUUGCCGAAACAGGGCAAGCAAGAUUUCUGCGUGGACCCAAAGGCAUUCGUGGAGGCUGGUUGGGUGAUUCAGACUCAUGAGUUAGAAUUAAGGGAGUGUAUUGGAAAGGGAGAAUUCGGGGACGUGCUGUUAGGCGUCUAUCGAGGAGAAAGGGUCGCGGUGAAAAUGCUGAAGGACAACAGCGAAGCGGCACAGAGGUUUCUGGCCGAAGCGAGCUUAAUGACCUCGUUGAUUCAUGACAAUCUGGUUAAAUUACUCGGUCUCGUUUUUAAUAAUCAACACAUGUACCUGGUUACGGAGUAUAUGAGUAAGGGAUCCCUGGUGGAUUAUUUACGGUCGAGAGGAAGAUUACACGUUUCGAAAAAGGAUCAAAUUAACUUUGCAUACGAUACGUGUGCUGGUAUGGCGUAUCUGGAAUCCAGACAUGUUGUGCAUCGAGACUUAGCGGCGAGAAAUGUUCUCGUAGCAGAGGAUAAUUCCGCCAAAGUAUCCGAUUUCGGCCUGGCGCGGGACGAAAACUUUUCUCUCGACGGUGGAAAACUACCGAUCAAAUGGACUGCACCAGAGGCUCUAAAACAAAAUAAGUUUUCAAAUAAGUCUGAUAUGUGGAGUUUCGGAAUUCUUCUCUGGGAAAUCUAUUCUUUUGGUCGUGUGCCGUAUCCGCGAAUUCCUUUAGCCGAUGUUGUAAAAUGCGUAGAAAAAGGAUACAAGAUGGAACCACCAGAUGGAUGUCCUGCAGAAGUUUAUGAUAUUAUGAAACAGGCGUGGGAUUUACAGCCAGAAAAGAGACCGAGUUUUCACGACAUAAAAGUGACACUCGGCCAAUUGAGAGCUGAGUACACCAAAGGCGUGAAUUAAGAAAGAAAUACAACUUAAAUAAACUUAGCGAGAACUGAAAAAGGGACUGGGACGCCCGAAUAAUUUCUCGUUUUCAGGACGAAAAUAGUGAUUUUGGAUUUUCUGUUAGAAGGGAAAGAAAGUGACAGGACUUCGAUUGUACAUUGUAUACAAAAAUAGUAUUUGCUUUGCUUAUAUUUAUUGUUACUUUAGUUCUUGAAAUGUGUGGGGAGAACUUUAAUUUUUAUAUAGUAAUAUUUUGCACACACAAACAUUACCUAUGGUCAACCGUGCCUUUGUCCAAGUUGACGUUCUCGACCAGGAAAUUCAACUUGUACAUGAUGAAAUCCGAAUAUAUUCGGAAUAAAAUCAACAGAUUUAAAAGAUGCGUAAUUUGCCUACUACUUAAUUUUCGAUAGUUACAUUUGAAGUCUAUUAUAGUGAUGAUAAAAAAUGACUUUGUGACAACACAAUUAAGUCUUUUUUUAUAUUACAGCACAAAAAUGACGUAUUAUACAUACUACGUUAAAUUUAGAUAAAUUAUAAUACAUGCUACGUUAUAUGCUAUUCACAAUCUCGUCCAUUUAGUUUUAAUCGGUUAGCAUUUCGUUUUUUGUUGAAAUUGUGUAAAAAAAUUUCAUUUGCAAUUUAUAUUGUUAUGAAUAUAAAAGAUUGCCUAUAUAUAUAUAUAUUAGUAAUUAAACUUAAAUGUUUAGUUGCUUAAGUUUCUUUGAUCAAAGAUUUGUCAUAAGAAGUAUUAAUUUUAAACUAAAUUAUAUUACAAUUACAAUACACAUCAUUAUUUAAGUUUUUUCAUUAAAUAUUUGACUGCAUUGGUGGUGUAAAUGUAUCUCUGUAAAUAUUUUUGUAUAUAAUUUAUCCAUCGAAAAAGGAUAAUAUUUCAAGAUCAAUUGAUAUUAAGAGAAAGAUUGGUUAAGAGAAGAUUGAUAUCAACAAAAAAGUCCAUAUUUUUUUUCUUUAGGUUUGAAACUAACACGUACUAUGAACGUAUGUUCAUACAAAAUUGCACCACGCUAAAAAAUAAUUAUAUUAUUCGUGAUCUUACGGCAGCAUAUCAUUCUAUAGCAUUGUUUUGUAAUCUAUCCUUUAUUUUUCAUAAAAUAUUCUGCCAACAAUAAUAACGGACUAAUUGUGACUAUUUGACCGCCGUAGUUCGCUAAAUAGUAGCCAUGAGCUGCGGAGAAGAUCAAAUAUUUAUUCUUUAAGAUAUCAGACGAGUGACAAAGGUCUGUAAAAUUGUAGAUAUUAAAUUCUUGUAUGCAACGUAUUUAAAAAAUUUUUUUUAAAUAUUAAAUUUUUUUAAUGCAUUAAAUAUCAAGAUAUCUAAUAUAUAUAUCUAUGUAACACAGUAUCGUGAAAUACUGUGUAUUAAAUCGACGCUGUAUUAUGCGAUAAUUUAUUAAACUUUGGAAAGUGACGUGAUGAUCACUCAGUUCCUUGAAACGAAAUCUUUCAUGAUAGAAGCAGAGAUUGUCUUGACUGAUGAAAUAUUUCAUAACAAUAGGUUCGAUCUUUCUCUUCCACAAGUGUCUCUUCAGUCUGCGAUUAGUUCUAUAAGAAAUUUAGAAUAUAUUUAUCUUAAGCAUGGUCCGUUCGUAACUUUGAUAUUACAGCAUGUACUUGAGGUACACGUAUUAAUAAUGUGUAUUAAUAUGGCUCUAACUGAUACCUUAAAUUGCUUUUUCAUUGCGGAGUUUAAUAUUUAUAUGUAUUUACAAUCUGCGAAUAUACAUGAGUUCUUCCAAUUAUAAAUUUCAUAUUACUCGUGUAAGAUGCCAAUUUCAUCUCCAUUUUGUCUCUGACAUUUCAAAUCCAAGAUAAAACAUCUUGUUAUUCGUUGAAGAGCAUUAUAUUUAUAUAAAUAUAUAUAAUGUCGCGUGUGACAUUGUUACUUGUGUAUUUUGAUAUGUACACGGGAUUUCGUUGUUGCGAUAUUAAUUUUCUUUAAUAACAACCAAUGUGUCCGUUUAUUUUCUACUGAUAAUCGAUCGAUUAGAACGUAAGAAAUCUAUAAUAUAUAUAUAUUAAUUAGAAAGAUCGCAAAAUCACGCAAGGGAAUUAAACUGUACUUGAUAUGCAUGUGUUCAUGUUGUAACGGCAUGGUAUGCCGAUUCGAUGCGAGUGUAUGUGGGAUUUGUGACAAAUACUUUUUCCAUUAAAACUCUUUUGUAGAGUCUGGAAUGAAUGAUUCUGGGAAAGCAUUGAAAUAUAUUUAUCAUCGUACUGUUGCUAUGUCACAAUUCUAAAGAUUCUCAUUAGACAGCUAUAGCGACGAGAGAAUAGAUCACUGAUGAAAGAAUAAAAGUUAUUAAUAAAGAAAAGAAGUUAAA